CAACGCUGCGAGGGAACGGGGACCGGCGGCUGGAAGCCCUUUGGCGCAGGCGCUGCAGGCCUUGAGUGGGGUCGGGGGUUCUUCAACUCGGCGGAAGGAGGCUUGCUGCUCUGCAGUUCGCCUACAACGAUGAGUCGCAGCUCCAGUACCAACCUCCUCAGCUGCCGGCAGUCCAUCCAUCUUCUCAGGGUGCAGGAUACCAACAAGGCGGUACCCAAUACUCCUCUAACACAAGAGAGGAGAACAACCUUUGGAAAGCAGAGUGUGGGGAAACGUGCAUCAGUGACAUCGGAAAGGAAAACAAGUUUCUUUGGCAAAAGGAGCAGUGGCCCUGGAAGCAUACGAAAUAGCCAGUAUGGGGCAUUCGGGAAUAUGGAAAAGAUCAAGGAUCCUAGGCCACUUCAUGAUAAAGCUUACGUCCAGCAAUGUAUCCGACAACUCUACGAAUUUCUUACUACACAUGGAUAUGGUCCUACCAUCUCUUUGAAGUCACUCCAGGCUCCAUCUACUAAGGACUUUACGAAAAUCUUCUCUUUUAUUUAUGGGCAAUUUUGCCCUUCUUAUGAGCUUCCCAGUUCUAAGUUUGAAGAAGAAAUUCCAAAAAUCUUUAAAGAGCUUGGAUACCCUUUUGCAUUGUCAAAAAGUGCUAUGUGCACAGUGGGAGCACCGCAUACGUGGCCUCAGAUUGUAGGAGCUCUGAUCUGGCUGACAGAUUGUGUCAAGUUGUCCUUUUAUUUGAAAGAAAACAUGACAUCAUUUGAUGAAGGUCAGACCAUGGAAGGAGAGACUGAAGAUGGAAUUUUACAUAACAAACUUUUUUUAGACUACACUAUAAAAUGUUAUGACCAUUUUAUGAGAGGAGGAGACAGCUUUGAAGAAUUUGAUGCUGAAAUAUACUCCAAAUUAAAGGAUAUGUUUAAGAUAAAUGAACAUCAUUUGGAGGGAUUCGAAGCAGACCUAAAAAAGCUGAAUGAGGAGAUUGCAAAGCGUGAGAAGGAGAGAGAAAGUGAACCAGACCGUUUAGUGAAUCUACGUAAACUGAAAUCAUCUUUAAAGGCAGAUGUUCAGAAAUAUAAUGCGUACAUGGCCAACCUGCAAUCUCGCUCAAAUGCUUUUAGUCAAAAAUCAAAGAGUAUUACGGAGGAGUUGGAGGCUGGUGCCAUGGAAAUGGAAGCCCUGAAACAAGAGAAUGCUCAACUGAAGUACAUUUGUGAUAAUCAGAAGCACUCAGUUGCAGAUAUUGAGAGGCUAAAGAGUGAAAUAGGGGAGUUGCUGCAGACAGUCAAUAAAAAAACCAAGGAACUGGAGACAGAGCAAAAUCACUUGUGGAAUGAGGAAUUAAAAUACGCUAGAGGAAAAGAAGAGAUUGAAGCCCAAUUGGCAGACUUCCAUAGAGGGGCUCGAAAGCUAAAACUAAUACCUUUAAAUUCAGAGAACUCCUGCGGCCUUGAUUUUGAGAUUAAGUUUAAGCCAGAUUCAGGGCUAAACUCUCUGGUCAAAUACAGAGAACAAAUUCAUGUCCCACUUAAGCACCUCAUAAGCAAUACUGAAGAUGAAAUUGAAAGUGCAAUAAAGAGAAAAAUUGGUCUAGAAGAGGCCUUAGAACAGGGAAGCACAAUGGUAGCAGAGCAGAACAGCACUCUGAAAAUGCUAAGAGAAGAAGGCCAAAAAAUGGAGGAUCAUCAUCAGCAAAUAAUGAAGAAAAUUGAAGAAGAGGAAGAAAAAGGUAUCCAAGAGCUGGAAUCAUUGGAAAAACAUAAAUAUUUGCUUGAGGGUGGAGUCAAUGAAGGUGUCAGUGAAGCUAAGAAAGAGCUACAAGAACUCGAAUGCCAAUACCAAGUGGUUAUGAAAACAACAUCGGAAGAGAAACGGAGAGUGCAUAAAAAUCUACAACUCUGCCUGGAACUGACAUCUAGCCAUCUUGUGUCUGUAACGGCCUACCUGACUGAACAAAAUGCAAAAGUGGAUAGGGCAUUUAGUAAACUGAUGUCUGAAGAUCCAUUGGCAAACUUGAAAGAAAUCCUAAAUAGUUACAAAAAGAAGGUUGAGACUUUGUAUGCCUCAGAAAAAUGAGAGUGAAAACCUGUUUGAAUAUUUUACAAAUAACAUUAUGCUAUGCUUAACUUUACUUUAUUUCCAUAUAUUCCAAUUUAGCAUGUAAGUAUUUCAAAGAUGAGAAAGU